GACAUAUUUCUGCUGUGGGUGCUUAAACAUUCAUGCAGAAGAUGGAGCUCAUGGUGCCAGCAAAGCCGAGCCGAGCUCAACUGAAUCAAGCUGGAUUGAGAGCUGGUGUGGCGGUGAAUGAGAGCUUUGAGGGCAAAAGGAGCGCGCGCGCACACACACACACAUACGGGAAAAGACUUUUCAUUCCACGUUUUUUUUCUUUUUUUCUUAUUCCUGCCCGACUGUAUCGCUGCCAUUACUUCCACGCCAGCAAAUGUGAAGCCCUGAAUUUUAAAUGAACUGAGCCGAAGUCGGCUGAAGUGAGCUGAAAGAGGGGAAGGGGGAGACAGGGAGGCAGAAAGAAAGAAGGGAUGCACGCGCACACGCAGGAGGAGAAAGAGAGGAGUGACAUCACAUCUCUCUCGCGCUCUCUCUCUCCCGGCACCUUUGCUCCACUUCUCGCCGAGGAGGAGCUCUCGCGCACACUUAGUCUCCGUCCUCCGCUCCGAGGGGCUGGACUCCGCAGAGGCAAAACAAGCGCUCAAAGGGAAAACGGGGAGAAACGGGAAGCCAGUCCGAGAGUUACUGACAGGAUGAACAACUCUUUCCCAAACAUGGCGUCGAUGGACGACUUCGACCCGCUCAACGCAAUCCCGGCCACCAAAGUUGAAAUCACGGUGUCCUGCAGAAACCUGCUGGACAGGGACACCUUCUCCAAAUCAGACCCAAUUUGUGUUCUCUACACACAAGGCAUGGGCAACAGGGAGUGGAGAGAGUUUGGGAGAACGGAGGUGAUUGACAACACACUUAACCCGGACUUUGUGGGUAAAUUCAUGCUGGACUACUUCUUCGAGGAGCGUCAGAACCUCCGAUUUGACCUGUACGACGUGGACUCAAAGAGCGCCAACUUGUCAAAGCACGACUUCCUGGGCCAGGCCAAUUGUACUCUCGGGGAGGUGGUGGGAUCGGUGGGCAGUCGCUUGGAGAAGGCACUAGGAGGCAUCCCGGGGAAGAAAUGCGGGACCAUUAUUGUGAAAGCGGAGGAGCUGAACAACUGCAGGGAAUCAGUGUUGAUGCAGUUCUGUGGGAACAAACUGGACAAAAAGGAUUUCUUUGGCAAGUCUGACCCCUUCCUGGUUUUCUACAGGAGCAACGAAGACGGCACGUUUACCAUCUGCCACAAGACCGAGGUGGUGAAGAACACGCUGAACCCAGUGUGGCAGGCCUUUAAACUCCCCGUCCGAGCUCUUUGCAACGGCGAUUACGACAGAACAAUCAAGGUCGAGGUGUAUGACUGGGACAGAGACGGCAGCCACGACUUUAUCGGCGAGUUCAGCACCAGCUACAGGGAACUCUCCAGAGGGCAGAGCCAGUUUAAUGUCUACGAGGUGGUGAAUCCAAAGAAAAAAGGAAAGAAGAAGAAAUACCUAAACUCUGGCACAGUGACGCUGCUGUCAUUCUUGGUGGACAUCGAAGUCACCUUCCUCGACUACAUCAAAGGAGGGACCCAGAUUAACUUCACAGUGGCCAUUGAUUUCACAGCUUCCAAUGGUAACCCAGCUCAGCCCACCUCGCUCCACUACAUGAGUCCCUACCAGCUCAACGCGUACGCCAUGGCCCUGAAGGCCGUGGGGGAGAUCAUCCAGGACUACGACAGCGAUAAGAUGUUUCCCGCGCUUGGCUUUGGGGCCAAGCUGCCGCCUGACGGACGGAUCUCCCAUGAGUUUGCAUUGAAUGGGAAUCCCCAGAACCCGUACUGUGCUGGCAUCGAUGGCGUCAUGGAGGCCUACUACCAGAGUCUGAAGUCGGUCCAGCUCUACGGACCCACCAACUUCUCCCCCGUCAUCAACCACGUGGCCAGGUACGCGGCUUCGGUGAAGGACGGCUCCCAGUACUUUGUGCUCCUCAUCAUCACAGAUGGCGUCAUUUCUGACAUGGCCCAGACCAAGGAGUCUAUUGUCAAUGCCUCUUGUCUGCCGAUGUCAAUCAUCAUUGUCGGGGUGGGACCUGCAGAAUUUGAUGCCAUGGUCGAGCUGGACGGCGACGAAGUGAGGAUCUCAUCCAGGGGCCGAUUCGCUGAGAGGGACAUCGUGCAGUUUGUUCCGUUCAGGGACUACAUCGAUCGGACCGGGAACCACAUCCUGAGCAUGGCCCGGCUCGCCAAAGACGUCCUGGCCGAGAUCCCCGAUCAGUUCCUCUCCUACAUGAGGACCCGCGGGAUCAAGCCGUCGCCGGCGCCGCCUCCCUACACGCCGCCGGGCCAGCCCAUCCAAACCCAGAUAUGAGCAGCGGGCCAGUAGGACGGCGGAGCCCGGGGAGGGGUGGUGGGGUUGGAUCAGCUGAUGCGAUGCGAUGCGAUGAAUACUUCCAUUUCCUUAAGGCCGCCCUCCAUGCCUCGUCGUCGUGGAUCACAGUGGUCUUUCUCGUGUUCAGGAAGCUGCAUGCCGGGCCGGGAUCCGGACCGGACCGGACCGGGAGGGUGUUGCUUUUAAAGACAGGAGAAGCCAAUGAGAGUCUGUUUACUUCCACUGUCAAGCAUUCCUGUUGCUGUCUGGAUUUUUAAUUUUUUUUUUAUUUUUAAAAGGAAACCUGAAGAGAGUUUUGAGAGUCUGGAUUGAAGCGUGAAAUGAUCUCGCCUGAUGUAGGAAGAAAUGAAAGAGAAAUUUAAUGGCAGACAGAAGUUUGAAUGUCUCCAGACAAAACAAAGGAAUCACUUGAUCGUCAAUGACGCAAAUUUCUCUUGUAAAUAAGUGGACAAAUGUAACUUUCUCUUUCUCUCUCUGUUUCUCUCCAGCUCGCUCACUGUUUACAGUAAACGCUGACAAGGAUUUCUACUGUUAAUACUUUUAUAUACACAUAGUUUCAGUACGAAGCUUGUAAGAGUCUCUCUCUCUCUCUCUCUCUCUCUCUCUCUCUCUCUCUCUCUCUCUCUCUCUCUCUCCUGGCAUCGUGUCAGGCAGCAGCAGUGCAGGUCCUGGUAGCCCUUCUGUACCGUACCGUACCGUUAUGAACCGUACCGUACUGUAUUCUGGUGUUUUGUAUUAACCUUUUGCAUGAGUGUAGCCUCAGUCAAGUGCAUGCAUAUAGUGGCCCUGCACUACCUCUUCUGCCCAUCCGAGUGUCUGACGCUCAUUUGCCCCGUUUGUCCGUCUGCGCUGCUCUCAGGUCCGAGGAGUCUCUCCGUCCGUCUGUCUCUCUCUCGCUCUAAAGCUGUUCUGUUUCUGGACUGUUUCUCACUCUCCUGUACUUUUGUUGAUGCUUCUGUCAUUUCUCCCAGCUGUGUUUCCGUCCAGCUGUUAUGUCCAUUCCUUAUUUUGCCCGUGUUUCACUUAAAAAAAGGCAGGAUUUAUUUACAUGCAACCUCAGUGAAUAUUGAUAAUCACCACAAGCAGAUCUGGCCCAUUUUAGACCGACCUCGGUAGCUAUGAACCUUUUGUGUCCAAAUUAUUCAGGAAAUUCCAUAAUGUAUGGAUUAAAAUGUUCGGUUGCUAUUCACAGUAUCCUGAAAGUCUAAUGAACAUGAAAUAGUUUCCUUCCUCAAUAAAUGCGUACAUUCAUAUGUACGUGGCCACAUGACCCAGUCCCACCCUGGGUCACUUACUUGCUGACUGUUGAAUGGAAACAUGGCUUCAAACUCUCUCUUUCUCUCUCUCUCUCUCUGUCUCGCUCUCUCUUUCUGUCUCUCUCUCUCUCUCUCUCUCUUUCUCUCGCGCUGUCUUCGUCUCCUCUAAACUGCCUUGGCAAUACGAUGCCCACACACCCAGGGCUUUCGUCCCAUCGUGUCGUCCGACGCCCUCAUGCCUCGCCCCGUGUUUGAAACGACAGCAGCUGCUCUCAAACAAGAAAAAAAAACGCUGUUUGAGCAAAAGAGCCCAGUGGUCAAAAAUGCAGAGAAAAACAGAUUUUUCCCAACGUUGUCUUUUUUUUAAAUUCCAUUUUAAUUGUGUCGGUGUGUGUUUUCUAUGGCACCUUUAGAUUCUGAAAUAGCUUUUAUAUAUACAUAUAUAUAUUCAUAUAUAUUUGUUUUAUGAUGUGUACAAAUGUGCCAAUCACGUGAAGAGAGGACUUAUGCUGUGAUGAGUGUGUGUUUCACGGAGUGAGUGAUGCGUUAAUGUGUGAAACGGUUUGUUGAUAGAGAACCUGACGUUUUCAUACUUGUCAGUCCGCUUCUGCAGCGAGUCCAAGCAGACAGUGGCUCAGUGGCUGCAGAGCCAUGAUUAGUAACCACCAUCACCUCAUCUUUCACUGACUUUGCUUCCAUGUCA